GUACAAAUGGCCAUCGCUGAUUUGUUGAUCGCAAACGAUCGCAAGAUUUGCUCGUACAAAGUUUAAAAAUGAAUUCGUAUCCUCGUUUUGCUUUCUUUUGGCUCUUUGUGCUGUCUGUUCACCUGCUCCAGGCAGUGGAACGUAAGGAGUGCAUCUUUCAGCCCACUGUGCUAGUGCAUGGCGGUGCUGGAAACAUUGCCGAUGCCAAGAUUCCAAUUGCUAAACGUGGCGUCAAGAGAGCAGCUCGCCGAGGUUAUGUGACACUGCAGGACACGGGCAGCGUUUUGGAUGCCGUAGAGCAUGCGGUGAAUUCUCUAGAGGAAGAUGGCAACUUUAAUGCCGGCUAUGGCUCCGUGCUCAAUUGGGAGGGUGAAGUCGAAAUGGAUGCGGCCAUCAUGCACGGCGCGCAACUGGAGGCGGGUUGUGUCUCUUUGGUCCAAGACAUAAUGCAUCCCAUAACACUGGCCAGGCGCAUCAUGGAAACCACAAGACAUCGAUAUUUGGCAGGCGCAGGAGCAAUGCAAAUAGCCAAAGCCGAAGGCAUUGACAUAUUGCCCAAGGGUGCUUUGGUUACAGAAGCGGCACUGAAAUCCUUGGAGGAUUUCAAGGCAAGCCAGAAUAAAACGCGUGACAGUGUCUUAUUUGGCUCUCCCGGCACAGUGGGCGCUGUGGCAAUUGACGCUUGUGGCAACGUGGCAGCUGCUACAUCAACUGGCGGCAUAACAGGAAAACUUCCCGGCCGCAUCGGUGACUCUCCGGUGCUGGGCGCUGGAACCUAUGCGGACAACGAGACAGGUGCCAUAUCGGCCACUGGGCAUGGCGAGACCAUAAUGCGCUACAAUGUCGCGUCCCGUAUAUUGGCACUUGUGCAAUACGGCAACUAUACAAUCCAACAGGCAACAGAGCAAGUCUUGCAACAGAUGACGGAUCGGUUUGACGAAACUGCUGGCAUUAUAGCCAUCGAUCAUCGCGGUCAACUGGGCAUUCACUUCACAUCCAGGCGCAUGUCCUGGGCAUAUCAGCGUGGAGAAGAACUGCACUUUGGUGUUGAUGCUGGCGAGGAUCAGCUGGAGAUUGUGGGCGAGCCACGUACAUUAAACUUAACAUGAUAAAGUAAAAAAAACAAUAACAAUUUCAUGUUAAAUUACUUAAAUUUAUAUAAUGCAAAAAUAUAUAUUUUUCUGGGGAGAAUUCGCUAGAUUAAACUUCACAUAA